AGAAAUAAAGAAUAAACCUCCCCACCAAGAAGAAAGAAUAAAAAGUCUUCCUCCCUUCCCCUUCUCUUCAAGGAAAGCACAGAAGAAGACAAAAUGUCAGCAGAGAUGUUCCGAUACUCGAGCGUUAGCAACAAGGAUGCGGGCAAGGAGGUUGAUUUGGAGGCAGGGAAUGGAGAGACUUUGUACCCAGGUUUGAGUCUUGGAGAGAACCAGUUACGAUGGGGCUUGAUUCGCAAGGUUUAUGGCAUCUUGGCUGCUCAGCUUGUCCUCACCACCAUCGUCGCUGCUGCUACGGUUCUAUAUACUCCUAUCACUGAUCUCCUCAGGGGAAGCUUUGGGUUCGUCAUGCUUCUAUCAAUUGUUCCCUUUAUUUUGUUGUGGCCCUUGCAUGUGUAUCAUCAGAAGCACCCUGUGAAUCUAAUCAUUCUUGGCCUCUUCACUGUUUCACUGAGCCUCUUGGUUGGAGCAAGCUGUGCUAACAUAGAAGGGAAAAUCGUGCUUGAGGCAUUAAUUCUGACCUCCGCUGUGGUUUGCUCUCUAACCGGAUACACUUUCUGGGCUUCUAAGAAGGGCAAGGACUUUAGCUUCCUCGGACCCAUUCUCUUCACUGCCCUCAUUAUCCUCAUUCUGACUAGUUUUAUCCAGGUGUUCUUCCCACUUGGCUCAACAUCUACUGCAGUUUAUGGUGGAAUCAGCGCUUUGAUUUUCUGUGGAUACAUAGUUUAUGACACUGACCACCUGAUCAAGCGCUUCUCAUAUGAUCAGUAUAUUUUGGCCUCCGUUGCUCUCUACUUGGACAUUUUGAACCUGUUUCUUUCCAUUCUGCGGGUGCUGAGUCAGAGAAACAAUUAGUUGUGCAGCAUACUCUCUUCAGCGUGCAAUUAUAUCUUCGAUAAUAACUGAUACUCGUAUAAGAUUGAUAAUAACUGAUACGUUAUUAAUGCAAUCUAGUAGUGCCUGAGUGAGCUGUUCCAUUUUGCAGAGCCCUUUGUGUUCCAUUUUCCUAAUUGACCAUGGUAAAUGUUUAUUAUAUGUGUAUUGUUUUCCACUUUAUGGUUUCUU